UUACACACAAUUAGAUUAGAUAAGCGACAAAUCCAUCGUUAUAACUACGAUUUAAGCCACUUCGUAAACAUAGUAAGUUCAACUUGACGAAAAAUGAAUAUAUUUCGAUUUUUAAUUUGGUUUUCUUCGUUUAUUUUCAUCAACACAAUUUACAUCCCUAACAGCGAAAAAUUAAACACUUUCGGAAUCAAAUCUUUGGAUUGGCAAGAAAAUUCAUACAUUCAAAUGCACCACAAUUACAGCAAAGUUAAUCAAUUUAAUUCAAAUCAACAAAAAAAUGUGGAUUUAAAAAUUAAUAACAAAUUAGAAGAUUUCUUUCAAGAUAAUCAAGUUUAUAAAUCGUGCCCAAAAGACGCAACUGGAUCGUUUAUUUACGAAGAUUCUUGCUCGCAAUUUUUGAAUUGUUGGAAAGGGCGAGGAUUCGUUCAAAAUUGCGCCCCUGGAACUUUAUUUAACCCAAAAACUUUAGAAUGCGAUUAUCAGGAGAAAGUUGAGUGCGUUUUAAAUAAUCGAUUUUCCCGCCAAAUUCUCAUCGACACUUUGCAUCAAAACCAAAUUAAACAACCAAGAUGUCCCCAAGGCUUUUCCGGGUUAAUACCCCACUACGAAAUUUGCUCCAAAUACAUCCAAUGCAAUCGAGGAAACGAAAUCGUCAUGGAGUGCCCGGCAGGAACCAAUUUUGACUCAAAAUCGAACCGAUGCGAUUUUCCCUAUAAAUCGGAGUGCUUUAAUGAGGGGGCGAAUCAAAAGAAGAAGAAAAAAGUGGUUGUUAGGAAGUAUUUUGAUGAUGGGGGGUUUGAAUUUGAUGGGGUUAGGAAUGAUUUGGGGAUUUCUGGGGUUGAUUCGAGGGGGAAGAAGUAUUUUGUUGGUGGGGUUAAAAUUAAUGAUCAUUUGGGGGAAUUUCAAAAUCAAAAUUUGCAUUACAACUUUAAUCAGAACCAAAAUCUGCAUCACAACCUUAAUCAGAACCAAAAUGUGCAUCAGAACUUAGAUCAGAAUCAAAAUCUGCAUCAUAACCUUAAUCAUAAGAUUAAUCAGAACACAAAUCAGAAUCACAACUUUAAUCAGAACCUAAAUCAGCGUCACAACCUUAAUCAGGACCAAAAUUUGCUUAAUCAGAACCAAAAUAUGCGUCAGAAUUUAGAUCAAAAUCAGUAUCAGCACCUAAAUCUGCAUCACAACCUUAAUCAGGACCAAAAUUUGCUUAACCAGAACCAAAAUAUGCAUCAGAAUUUAGAUCAAAAUCAGUAUCAGAGCCAAAAUCUGCAUCACAACCUUAAUCAGAACCAAAAUGUGCAUCAGAAGUUAGAUCAGAAUCAAUAUCAGAACCAAAAUCUGCAUCACAACCUUAAUCAGAAUCAAAAUGUGCAUCACAACGUUAAUCAGAAUCAAAAUCAGCAUCAAAAACUUAAUCAGAAUCAAAAUCUGUAUCAAAACUUAGGUCAGAAUGAGUAUCAGAACCAAAAUCUGCAUCACAACUUUAAUCAGAACCUAAAUCAGAAUCAAAAUUAUCAUCAUCAGAAUCAAAAUGUUAAUCAAAAUCAAUAUCAGAAUGUAAAUCGUGUUGUAAAAUGUCCUGAUGGUCAAUCUGGUUUAUUUCCACAUCCAUAUGAUUGUCAAAAAUUUUUGAAUUGUGAUCAUGGAAGAACUUUUAUUCAAGAAUGCGGUCCAGGUACUGUUUUUAAUCCAAAAAUUAAAGUUUGUGAUUGGCCCUAUAACGUUCAAUGCAAUCAGAAUCAAAGAAAUGAUGAUCAAAGAACUGGAAAAUUGAUUGGAAAUGAUCAAAGUCAGUUGGAGAUUCAAACUGUUUAUGGAAUCGAUUCUGACACUUUCUGUUUGGCAAGAAACGGAUUUUUUGAGAACUUUAGGAACUGCUCUGUAUUUUUUAAUUGCAAAAAUGGAAAGUUUUCCAUUGGAAUUUGCCAUAAAGGAGCUCAAUUUAAUCCGAAUACGAAUGAUUGCGACGAUUUUUAUCGCUGUGCGGGUCAAGGUAAUCGAGGAAAUUUUAAUUAUUUGGAUUUGAAUCAAAAAUUAAGUCAAAAUUGGAAUCAAAAUGAAAAUUUGAGUCAAAAUUUGAAUCAGAAUCAAAAUUUGGAUCAAAGGUUAAGUCAAAAUUGGAAUCAAAAUGAAAAUUUGGGUCAAAAUUUGAAUCAGAAUCGAAAUUUUGACCAAAAAUUAAGUCAAAAUUGGAAUCAAAAUGAAAAUUUGAAUCAGAAUUUGAAUCAGAAUCGAAAUUUGGAUCAAAAAUUAAGUCAAAAUUGGAAUCAAAAUGAAAAUUGGAAUCAGAAUCAAAAUUUAGAUCAAAAAUUAAGUCAAAAUUGGAAUCAAAACAUUGAUCAAAACCAAAUAAACUACGAAGACGAAUCAACCUCAUCAAAAUCAAUUUUAACAACCGACACAAACGCAGAUUACAUCUUUGAAAUUGAUGAUUUAGUUGAAGUUCCUCCAUCCGACCACAUAAUCAUCAAAAAAAUCAAAGAUUGCUCACUAGACGACUCAAAUUGCUCCAAGAACUUACUAAACGAAUUCAAAAAAAUCGAAAAAUCCAAAAUGGCAAUCAAAGAAAUCUCAAAAUACUCAAACACAUCGAUUAAUUUCUGCGCUAAAAAAUGCCUCGAAGAAAACCACCAAAACAAUCCGAACAAAAAAUCAAACUCAAAGUGUAAAUCGUUUAAUUACCGCAAAAACGACGGGAUGUGUUUCAUUUUGGACACGAAUUUAGGCGAAACGGGAAGUUUAUUUAUCCUCCCCAAUUACGAUUAUUACGAGUAUAAAAACUUUUCGAUGGAUUGUGCCGAAAAAUUUAUCUGUAGUAAUCGCAAAUGUAUCGAAAAACAUAAAAUGUGCGAUGGAAAAUUCGAUUGUGUUGAUAAAGAGGAUGAAAAGAAUUGUGAUCGGGAAAAAAUCGGGUAUUCGAUUCAACUAAUCGCGUCGAAUAAGACCAACGAAGGUGCGGUUCAUGUUAAAGCUUUUAAUAAAGUCGGGUUUGUUUGUGACGAUCAAUUCGGGUUAAAAGACGCGGACGUCGUUUGUAGGGAAAUCGGGUUCGAAGGUGCUUUAGAAAUAAAAAGUAACGGAUUUUAUGCAAUUCCCGACGAAUACAAAGACGAUGGGUAUUUAAUGGAUGACGUGCAAUGUUCGGGGAAUGAAACUAGUCUUAAAGAUUGCGAUUUUAACGGCUGGGGGAACCAUAAUUGUCGCGCGAAAGAAAUCGUGGGGGUUGUUUGCAAAUCUAGCGAAGAAUUCGAUUGCCCCCUUGAUAAGUGGAAGUGCGAAACAUCCAAGGAGUGCAUCCCCUUGGAUUUUUUAUGCGAUAAUGUCGAUGAUUGCAGUGAUAACUCAGAUGAGGCGGCUCAAUAUUGCGAGUCCCCAACCGAAAUUCGAUUAUCAAACGGAAAUCGUCCAUCGCAAGGCCGUUUAGAAAUUAAAUACCACGGAACUUGGGGUACAGUUUGCGACGAUGAUUUCAACGACGACGCCGCAAAAGUGGUUUGUCGUUACCUCGGAUUUAAAGGAUCCGCAACUUCGCAUAAAAACGGCAUUUACGGACCGGGGAAAGGCCCGAUUUGGUUAGACCAAGUCUUUUGCCAAGGAAACGAGACCACUUUGCAAGAAUGUGACCAUUGGGAUUGGGGAAAACACAAUUGCGACCAUUCCGAAGACGUCGGAAUCGAUUGUGAUGACCACGAAAACGUGAAAUCAACACCGAGGAAUAGUCAAAAUUACCGAAUUAAGCCCCUAAAACAAAUUUUACCCAUAACAUGUGGAUUAAGGAGUGAUAAUAUAUUUUCGGUACAAGAUGAUGUUCAUUUUAGGGUUGUUAAAGGGUUGGUGGCGGAGAAAGGGAUGUAUCCUUGGCAAGCUAGUGUAAGGGUGAAAGGACAAUCGAGUCAAGAACAUUGGUGUGGGGCUGUUAUUGUUUCAGAGAAGUUUGUUUUAACAGCCGGACAUUGUUUAAAUGGAUAUCAAAAAGGUGGUUUUGUUAUUGUCGCUGGGGAUUAUGAUAGAAAUGAAAAUGAAGGUACUGAACAAGUUGUAAAUAUUGAAGAGUUUUAUGUACAUAACGAAUUUCGGAAAGGGACGAAAAUGAAUAACGAUUUAGCGCUGAUUAAAUUAAAAGGGGAUGGAUUCCAAUUUGAUGACCACAUUCGAGCGAUUUGUUUACCACCGAUUCAUUUACAAGAAGAAGGUUUAAAUUGUAGCAUCUCAGGUUUUGGGAGCGUUAAAUCAGGAAGAGCAGUCGCAUCAAGAGAAUUAAGAGCCGGAUUUAUUCCAAUUCAAUCCCGCGAAGUUUGCAAAAUGCCCCAUAUUUAUGGAGAAGCCUUAACUGAGGGGAUGAUUUGCGCCGGGAAUUUAGGCGGAGGGGUCGAUGCUUGCGACGGGGAUAGCGGGGGACCUUUAGCGUGUCUCAAUGAUGGUGUUUUUACCUUGGUUGGGUUGACAUCGUGGGGACAACAUUGCGGGCAUGCGAAUAAACCGGGAGUUUACGUCAAGAUAUCGCACUAUAGGAAUUGGCUGGAUGAAAUGAUGAGGAAGCACUCGGAUUAAAUAAAAAUUAAUUUAUAUAAGUGAGGUUAAAACGAAACGUCAAAUUUUAAUUUAAACGGUCGAUAAUGUAGGAAACGUUAGCGCCAUCUAUUGAGAUUUUUUUUUGUAUUGAAUAAAAAUAAGUUAAAAAUUAUUGUUAUUAUGAAAUUAAUUAUUUAAUUAUUAAUUAUUACAAAAAUUUUAAUUAAUAAUGUGUCAUUUUUGUUCCGAAACGUCAUUGUGGAAAAUGUGAGGUAAAGAAGAAAAUAAUAAAGGCGCCAUCUAUUGAGA